CUCACCUUCACAAACACCACUCAGAGUCACAAAUCAAUAAUCUUUCCAAAAUGAAGUUCUUGAAUAUCCUCUCCGUUUCUUCAUUCCUUCUAAUUACCCUUUCCAUCACCUUGGCCAAUGCGGCCUCUUUUGCUAUCACAAACAAUUGUCAUUACACUGUCUGGGCCGCUGCUGUGCCCGGUGGUGGUAAACAACUUGGCCAUGGUCAAACAUGGACCAUCACUGCCAAACCUGGCACCACAGCAGCCCGCAUUUGGGCCCGAACCAAUUGCCAUUUUGAUGGUAAUGGAAAGGGCAAGUGUGAAACGGGUGAUUGUAAUGGGCUCCUCGAAUGCCAAGGAUAUGGUGCACCACCAAACACAUUGGCUGAGUACGCUUUGAAGCAAUACAUGGACAGGGACUUUAUCGACAUGUCUAAUAUUGAUGGGUUUAAUGUUCCAAUGGAGUUUAGUUCAGUCUCAAGUGGAUGCAACCGCGUUAUCAAAUGCACGGCGGAUAUCAUCGGUCAAUGCCCGAAUCAGUUGAAGGUUCGUGGAGGAUGUAAUGGUCCGUGUCCUGUUUUCAAGACUGAGGAGCACUGUUGCAAUUCUGGAAAAUGUGGACCUACAACUUUCUCCAAGUAUUUCAAAAAUAAAUGCCCAGAUGUUUACAGUUACCCUAAGGAUGAUGCAACAAGCCUAUUUACUUGCCCUAGUGGGACUAACUAUAAGGUUGUAUUUUGCCCUUAAAGCAUUUGAAGGGCGAAAUGAAAAUAAUUAAACUACACUUAUCAAUGGAAUAAGGCCUUAAAUUAGUCUUUAUAAAUCAGCACAUAUGCUCACCUUUUCUGGGUGUUGAAAUUAAUAAAUGUUUUAUGAAAGGUGAAAUCCAUGAAUUUCAUUAAUAGACUUCUUAUCUUUUUU